GGUGCAUGUGUAGGCUUUAUCGUUAUAUACUGUCAGUUUCAUAAUUGAUCUAGUCUGUGAAGGUUGUGGUUUAAAUAGAUUAAAGUUAAUCAAAAAAUAUUUGUUCAUUACGAAUGCUACGCGUGUUAAUAUGACAUAAUGAAGCCAAGUAAGAAGAACAUUCGGCAAUUAAGUCGUAAAAACUUUUGCAAGAUAAUUGUCUACUCUGUCGUUGGUCUGUUGUUUAUGGUCAUUGCAAGUUUAGCAUGCAUCUGGGAUCCUGCGCACAUAUUGGCUAUACAUAUGGUAAGACUAUCUAAAGGCUCUAUAAUGUACAACAUUGUGACACAAAAGGAUUAUCCCUGUGCAUAUUAUGAUAUUUAUGUAUUUAACAUUACCAAUGGCGACGCCUUUCUCUCGGGGAGAGAGAGGAAGCUGAAAGUGGAGGAGGUUGGGCCAUUCCGAUACCAAGAAUUUCGCACCAAUACGAAUAUUGACCUGAAUGUGGAGACGGGUAUACUAAAAUAUACGCCUAAAGUCGAUAUUAGAUUUAUACCGGAGUUUUCAAUCGGUGAUCCAGAGGACGUAGUAGUUCAGAUGCCUGAUAUGGUACUAUUGGCGGCUGCAUCACGAGCGUCACUUCACGCAGUUUUCGUUCAAUAUUUUUAUAACAUAGCAGUGAAGAGUUUGAAGAGGCAGCCAAUUCAUACCACUACCGUACAUAAUGUGUUGUGGGGAACGAACAAUGACGCAAUAAUGCAGGUGGCUAAUACUUUUCUACCUGGAGAAUUCGAUUUAAAUACAUUUGGAAUUUUGCAUAAGAUUCAGAAUAGUGGUGAUACGAACUUCGUAAUAAAAGCUACAGAUGAAGAGAAAUUUAAGAUUAUUAGCUUUAAUGGUGAGAAAGGUUUACCCGUGAUGGGAUAUGGCACCAACAAACAAAGUCGUUGCAACACAUUCAAAGACGCAUAUGAAGGAAUCUCCUAUCCCAUAGACAUUACCAAAGACACCUCUUUACGGCUGUAUCGCAAUGCCCUCUGUCGAAUUAUAGAUUUAGAGUAUUAUGGUACGCGGCCCAUGGGUUAUGGGCCUGAAGCCUAUGUCUACAGAAUUAGAAGAGAUGCAUUCUCAAAUACUACAGACACAGAGUGUGUAUGUCAUUUACCUAAAUGCAUAAAUGGGGUAACUGAUUUGGCGCCAUGUUUUUACGGGGCGCCAUCGGGUUUAUCAAAUGCACACUUCUUGUACAGUGAUAUGAAACUAACAGACAGACUGGAAGGAAUGAAUCCCGAUGAAGAAAAACACGGAAGUGAAUUUGUUAUCGAUCCGAAACUAGGUGUUCCGCUGUCAACAAAGUUCACAGUCCAAGGCAACUUGAUAAUGGGCGAUGUGAGCUUUAACUCAGAUCUAAAAGUUUUCUCAAAUAUGGUUGUACCUUUGCUGUACUUCAAAAUCAUACAGCCGGAGAUGCCAGAAUAUUUUAAAAGUCUUUUCUGGGUUGUAUACAUAGUGGGACCAUACUUCAGAUAUGCCUUAAUAAUAACACUAUAUUCAACGUCUUUUUUGCUGUUAUUUAGAGCUAUUAGAUUGUAUUAUAGUUCGAUAGUCACCCCCAUUCAAUUUCCAGCUCAAGAAUUACUAAUAACAGAGAAUAAUGGAAAAUGCCAUUAAUUUUUUUUUAAAGGGGCAAACGGGCACAAUCCUCAUGUGAUCUUAAUUGAUACCGCCGCCCAUGGACACUAUAUGCCAGAGGGCUCGCGAGUGCUUUCCCUUUCAGGAGUUGGUACGGUCUUUUCUUGAAGGUCUAUAAAUAUUAUUGAGUGAAAACGUCAUCCAACCAAUUCGAAGAUUUGUUCAAGUUUGAUGGUUUCAGUACUGUAGUAUCAGUUAAAAUCAGUUGAGCUUCCUGCCUACUUGUUCUAUAAAAAAAAUGUAAGGCUUUUCAUAGAAAGAAUAUACCAUAGAAUUGUGUUUUAAUUUGUAAGAUAUUUUAAGUUUAUAUUAAAACUAGUGAUUUUUAUAAACGGGUGUGUUUUACCUACUUUACCGUAAGACGUUUACCGACCACGUUGGACUAAGGUCCGUAUUAUACCCAAAUAUAAAAUAUGUGAUAACUAUCGCUGUAAGGUGAUACUUAUAUAAGUACCUUAGUACUUAAAAUAAUUUAGUUCAAUGAUUGUAUAGUUAUUCAUUAGUAUGUGAUUAAAGUAUUAAGCUGUGAAAGGUGUAAUUUCAUACCCAAGAUUCAUUCUAUAAUAACACAAUAGUAAUUGUAUAAAAAUAUAGCGAUAAAUCUUAGUUAAGAAAUAUAUAAAAACACAUAAUAUAAUUUAAGCGUUAUGUUAAAGUAAUUGCCAUAAUACCUCUCAGUUUAAAUAAUAAGUUUUUAAUAGACUUUCAACGAAUAUUCUCAAAACUCAGAGGCGAGACGACCAUCUUAAGUUACAGCGCCAUCUCUUGACUGUAAAAAUCAACUGGCGCUACACAGGGCCGAAUACUUUUGCCGAACUUUGAGCUAUUCGGCCAAGUCAGUAUUUGAUGUAUAAUAAAACAAUAUUCAUUGCAAGUCUAGCUUUUAGGUAUAAGGUGUAAGAAAUAGAUUCCAUCAUAAACUGUGGGCCGAACCAUCACCAAAAGUAGGUGAUGAUUAGCUGUCGUUUUCGCCGUGAAAAGAGAAUUGGAAUCCAAAUAGGCGCAAAGAAUACAGGACAUAUUUAUUUAUUUACAGCUUGGCCAAAUUUUAAUUAAAAUAUUGUAAUACAAGUAACAUUGAAAAUUACAUAUUCUUACAUCAUCCUGCAUUCUUUAUCUAUAAUAUAUCUUAUGAAUUUUGCUCUUGUCGGAAUAAUAUGGGCGGAAUUUAAAAAAAAUUGUGUAAACGCUGUAGACAUUUUAUUAGUUGAAUUGCAACU